AUAAACCCAUGAAGGGGAGGAGAUGGCGCAGCUGCUAGGACAAUUUAAUUAUGUGUUGAUACGGCAAAAUAAGACAUCACAAUGGCCAAUAAGAUAAUGGAUAUUUAAUCUAAAAAAAAAUAUAUAUGUAAUAUUAUAUUUGUACGUCUGGCUAGCCCACAGUGUUGAUAGUGUUGUCAGCUGAGGAGGGCGUUGAGGCCACUGAUAAACUUUCUCACAAUGGUUUUGUCAGCGUGGCACUAAUCUAUACAAGUUCAUAUUACUUAUCUCAUCCUGCAAAAUGGCCUCUAAGAUACCUGAAGUAUCAUCACUGGUGUGCGAAGCUCAGUUGGCCUUUAAGGCAACAUAUGGAGGUAAUGCGGACACAGCAGUCUCAGCACCAGGGCGGGUCAAUAUUAUUGGAGAACACACCGACUACAAUGAUGGAUUUGUUUUUCCUAUGGCUCUUCCACUUGUGACAGUUAUAAUUGGGCGGAAGACACAGUCAGGGUUGUGCCGUAUACAGACCCUCUCAGAGUUUGCAGAUAAACCUCUACAAGUGGCAUUCAAGACUCCCUCUUCAUCAGCUCCUCUCACACGUGGCGCUCCCAACUGGGCAAACUACAUUAAAGGAGUCGUUGCCAAUUUUCCAGGAGAUGUUAGUGGUUUUGAUGCUGUAGUGACAUCAUCAGUGCCUCUUGGUGGUGGACUGUCUAGUAGUGCUUCACUCGAAGUAGCCACUUACACUUUCCUUGAAAGUAUUACUGGGACAAAAGCCACAAGUUUGAGGGAGAAAGCUCUGGCAUGUCAAAAAGCCGAGCAUGAGUUUGCCAACAUGCCGUGUGGGAUCAUGGACCAGUUUAUCUCCACCAUGGGAAAGCGAGGAAAUGCACUGCUUAUUGACUGCCGAUCACUGGAGUCAACCUUAGUGCCUCUGACUGAUCCCUCUAUUGCCUUUGUCAUCACCAAUUCAAAUGUUCGUCACACUCUCUCCGGAACGGAAUAUCCCACACGUCGUCGACAGUGUCAGGAAGCUGCCACUGUCAUGGGAAAAAAGUGUUUACGUGAUGCAACGCUUCAAGAUUUAGAGAAGCACAGGUCAUCUCUAAGUGAGGAAGUGUACAAAAGAGCUCAACAUGCCAUCUCUGAGAUUCAGCGCACUGAGGAGGCCGUCUCUGUACUGAGGAACUCAGAUUAUACACUGUUUGGUAAAAUGAUGACUGAAUCCCAUAAUUCCCUCAAGGAUGACUAUGAAGUGUCCUGCUCUGAACUUGAUGAGCUGGUGGCAGGUGCCUUGGAAGUGCCAGGUGUGUUUGGGUCAAGAAUGACUGGUGGAGGCUUUGGUGGCUGUACUGUAACACUGGUGAAACAAGAAUGUGUUGACAGCCUCAUCUCACACACACUAGAGAAGUACAGCGGUAAACCCACUUUCUAUGUUUGUCUGCCCUCUGAAGGGACUCAGCAAUUAGCUAUCUAAUAUAUAAAUUUGCCACAAUUACACUAAGUUACUUAAAUUCUCAGUACAAUGAUUAAAACUAGUUGGUGCCAUAAUGACUAGGCUCUUGGAUAUUCAACAUGUCUUCAGAGUUCUGUAAUCAUACGAGACCCCUCCCCUGAUCUGCCCAGUCUUAUAUAAUAGGUGUAAGCCUGUUUCAGUACACUGUAUAUUGGUUAACACAUCCAUGAAUAACUUUAUAUACGAUGUUAUCUACUCUAUGAUGACUUUUGCUGGAUUUCUGGUGAGAUUAUUAAACUGAAUAAGCUAUGUUUUUAAGAAAGUGAUAUCUUUGGCCAAAUCUCUUUAGUCUCAAUGUUAAAAAUUUAAUAUGUACUGUGUUUAUGAAGUUUGAAAUACUUGAGUCAGUCUAAAGGACAUAAAUACAGUAAUAUGUUGAUGUUCAUAAAGUGAAUUUAUUCAUAAGACAAAGGUGUCAGGAAAGUCUCGCUAAGAUGUUAACUGUACUAAACAAAUUUGCUUAAAACACUGUAAUUUGCAUUUUAUUGUGAAACCUUUAUAUAUAAAGUUAUUCAUACUAUAGAUUAUUUAAUCCUCUGUCACUUGUUACCUUAUUAGUGGUUCAAGCAGAACUUUUGAAUCUUGUAGAAAUGUUAAAUUGGUACAGUAAAUAGGUUAGGGACUGAAGGCCCAGUUUGUAAGGGGUUGUUUGGAACCUGAAAGCUAAUAGAAACAAAGUACAAGCACUACACUGUGAUUAUAGGGGUUAGUUUCUAAACCCCUUAAACAAACAAUUUUUGCUCGAAUUUAGCCUACAAUAAAAAUAUGCACAUA